AAGUCCCAUUGCCUGGAACUAGCUCGUGCGUGCUUCAACCCGCUCAAUUACAUGCAAUUGAUAACCGCUUUGAUAUGACUACCAUCAUGAAAUGACCUUCAUUGAAGCCUUCCCACCAGCCAUCUUACCAUAUCCCGUGACCGUCAUAAAUCGCCGCGGGAACAAAACCUCACGCCUCAACUUCACAACACAAGUUUACCCGUCUUUUUGGCGCAUACCACUAUCUCGAGGUCAGAUCCACAGACACUAAAGAAAUGGCAGAGCCUUCAACAAAACGCGCACGGAGACCCGAUAGUUCUACAAUGUGGGAUCAAGACAGGAGAACAAGAUCGCCCGAGCCAGAGCUAGAUUACACCAGAAGUCCGCGGCGGGAGCAUGGAAAGGAGCACGUCCGGCGCGAUGGACCUAGAGAUGAUCGAAGAUACCGUUCUCGCUCGAGGGAUAGGAGAGAUAGACGGCGUGAUAGGAGCAGGUCAGGAGAUCGCCGGGACCGCGACCGCAGAGACAGAGACAGAGAUGGACGAGGUACAAGGGAGAGGAGCGUCAGCAGGGAGAGGUACCAUGAUAGACGAGGAUACCCAUUGAAAGGGGACAGAUAUCGAUCGCGGUCCCCUAUCCGAAAUGGCAACAGAGACAGAUCCAGGACGCCACCCAGAGGUCCUCGAGGGGACCGCAACACCGAUCGCAAAGAUCCCCGAACACAGUCAAAUGAUGUUGUGGAUACGAAAUCGCGACACAACCGGCCUCAUGGCGUGACCGAAAUGGACAUCGACGAACCCGCCGACGAGGACGAGUUCGAAGCGAUGAUGCGUCGGAGCAUGGGCUUCACAAGGUUCCGAAGUACGAAAAAUACUAAGGUUCCUGGUAAUAAUGUCUAUGGGGUCAGGAAAGAGAAGAAAACGGAGUACAGACAGUACAUGAACCGUGUAGGAGGAUUCAACCGACCACUCAGUCCAUCGCGGCAGUGACUUCACAAAAUCUACUCUUCUCCAGGCUUUGUGGCCUGCCCAUUACAAGCCAUUUUCUCAUUCGUGUCUUUUCAUCUUCUUGUUAUCUUUUUUUUUAUUGGGUGAUAUCAUUGUUUUUGUUCCUCAUGGGUUUGCCGCAAAAUGCAUUGAUGGAGUACGACUACGGGUGGCCUUUGCUUUUUUCAAACUUAAGGAAACAGGCGCAUAAAUAUCAUGAAAUUCUGCCUG